AUGGAAACAUCUUCAAAGGGUCUUCUCACCCAAGUUACUCAGUUUUGGAACCUCUUAGAUGAUCUGGCUGAAAGUGACCCUGAGCGCUAUGAGAAGUUCAUCCAACAGCAGCUGAAAGAGGGCCAGCAGUUCUGUGCUGCCCCAGAACCACAGUGUUGUCUACAGACAAGGAUCCUGAAACCAAGAGAAAGAACACUUUUCAUUAAUCUAUGUCAAUGGAAAAGGAUACCACCUCCCCAGUCAACUACUCAUCCGGUACCUCUUAGUGUUGGCAGGCCAGAAGAUAUUUCUGAAACAUCAGAUAUUUACACAGUUGUCGAUGUUGCCUGCAAUCCUGAUGUUCUACAGGAAGCAGAAAAGGACCAACUUAAGAAAGAUCAGUUGAUACGAAUGGCUAUGAAAUGCAUUGAGGAGCGACUCCAAUUCACUCUCUCACACUCCUACCAUAUUACAGAACUUCGAAUAAAAGGAACCAUUCAAAGGAUGAAACAAAAUCUUAUGGGAAUCCAAAAUAACGCUACCAAUUUACAAGAGAAAACAGGAAAGGAACUAACCCUUGAACACUUAAGAAACAGUGCUGUGAACAAUCCAGACCACAUUCCUCAGCUUAUACUGCCAAAGGACCAAGUUUCAGACAAAGCAGGAUGUCUGAUUGAGGAGAUUUGCAGUACUGAGAUUCAGGUGGAAAUGAAGACCCCAACUUAUGAGUUAAAAAUUGUGAAGGAUCAGAGUGAGAAACCUCUGAAAAUUGAAUUGAUGGUUGAAUUACCUGGUAUUGAUUCAGUUUCCCUUUGUGACCUGAGUGUUUCUGAGGAUGAUUUAUUGAUCGAAGUCUCUGAGAUGUACAGAUUACAUCUGGAUCUUCCAGGAUCUGUUGAUACUGAAAUGACUACAGCAAAAUUUUUCAAAGAAAAAGCUACUUUAAUCAUCACAAUGCCUUUGAUGUGA